UCACUCUCCACCGCAACACAAAUCUUCUCUCCACAUUCCUCCUCCUCUCUCUCUCUGUCUCUCUCUCUCAUGUCCGCCGCUGAACCGCCGAUCUCCGCCACCGGCACGAGCCUCGGCUAUGGCAUUGCCAUUGCGAUCAGCAUUCUCGUCCUCAUCUCCACUAUCAUGCUUGCUUCUUAUGCUUGCGUCCGGAUCAAGGCCAACAGCCGCGGCCUUAACCGCCGCCGUGUAGGUAGUAGUAGUAACAGUAGUUCCGAUGAGCCGGUCGUGGUAGUUUUGGGCCUGGACAAGCCCACGAUUGAAGCCUUCCCGAAGAUUGUGUUGGGGGAGAGUCGGCGAUUGCCCAGGCCCAAUGGAGGCCCAUGCGCGAUUUGCUUGGGAGAGUAUGUGAAGAAUGAUUCAGUGCGGUGCGUUCCAGAUUGCAACCACUGCUUCCACGUGGAAUGCUUGGACGAGUGGCUCCGUCUGAGCGCCACGUGUCCUCUGUGUCGGAACUCUCCAGCUCCGUCGCCGGUGCCGACGCCGGUUGCUACGCCUCUGUCAGAAUUGGUUCCGCUGGCUGCUGCUCACGCCAGGCGUAGAGUGGAUGAAUAGUUGAAGGCAAGACGGUUCCAAAGAUUUAAAAUAUCGAAGAAAUGGGGAGAGAUUCAAUCAAACUGGUGGCUUGCUUGCUGGUUCUGUUUCUUGUUGCAUCUGCUGGCAACUCAUGUCACGCUCUCUCUCUAAUGUAUAUAAAUGGUCAAGAAUUGAUGAUGUGGAUGAAUGUGACACGUGUAGGGAAAGGAGUGGCAGGAGAGAUUAGAAAAGGAAAAUGCUUUGCGCAGUAUUGUUGUAGGGGAGACUGUACAAAAGAACAGUUGACAUGUCCCAACAAGUUCGCCAGAUGUAGUUGGGAUGGCCGGUGCUUUUGCUGUUCUGAUACUCCUCCUUCUACUAUUCGUCCACGUCAUCAUGAUAUUCAUCACCAAGUUUAAAUUAUGAUUAGUUUAAAUAAAGUGAUCUAUGCAUCACCUAGAGACACACACACACAAUGCUCCAAGUAGUAAUAAUAAUUGAGGAAACAUGUAUUUGGAGGAUUUAUGUUGAUUGGGAUUUAUGAAUGCUAAUUAAUUAUUUAGGCCCUUAGUUAUAGGUAAAAUUGUAUCUAAGAUAAUGUAUUAGGAUUAUAUGCGAUUCAAAAUAGAUCUUGGAUCAGUUUAAUUCCAAA